GUAGCAGAGGAAACGUAGCACGAUGCAGUUAGCACGGCUAACGAUUAAAGUCAGGUAAUUUAACUCAGCUCACUUUAUCGGAAUGUUUUAUAUAUACAACUUUAACGGUGUUGAAUGUUGAUUUUGUAUUUCGCUGGGUUAGUAAGUCGGGUAAAAACACAAACGCGACUGGCCUGCCUCUGUGGUUAGCCUGCUAACUGCAUCGUAUCGAAGUCUUUAGGCGCUCCAUAAUGUAGCGUUUGUCUUAUUAAAACAGAUUUAUUUUAUUUUUUUCUAUUGGGAAAACAGUCGUAGGGUUUCUUGUAAGCAAAUAGGAACCGCGAGAGAACGAUAUAAGGACAGAGAAAGUGAUUACGUUAGUGAGAUUGGGAUAUAAUCUGUUGUCGGAUGAUUUUUUGACCCUGGCAGAUUAGAGGAAUUCAUCUGUAUGCACCUGGGACGUCUUUAUAGGUGAUAUUUUAGAGGAGAAAUGAAAGUGAUGGAGAAAAAUGUGAUACGACUGGUGGCUGUGCAGCAGCUCCGCGCUGCUUAUGGCAUCAAGACAAAGAACUGGAACAAAAACAAAGCAGCCGUCUGCAAGGCAAGCGCCAGCAACUCGACAAAGCUUUUCGGUGCUUCACUGGAAAGUUUGCCAUAUUACAAUAUGGAAUGUGGGAGUGUGCCAAGUUUCCUUGUUGAUGCGUGCAUGGUGCUGCUGGCCCACGUUGACACAGAGGGACUGUUCAGAAAGUCUGGCUCCAUCCUUCGCUUGAAGGCGCUGAGGGCGAAAUUGGAUGCUGAGGAGGAGUGUCUGUCCACUGCUCUCCCCUGCGAUGUGGCGGGUCUGGUGAAGCAGUUCUUCAGGGAGCUGCCCGAGCCUGUGCUGCCCGCCGAGCUGCAGGACGCCUUCCUCAAGGCCCAGCAGCUCCCCACGCAGGACGACAGGACUUCUGCCACCAUGCUGCUGUCCUGCGUCCUGCCGGACAAAAACCUGUCUGUCCUACGCUAUUUCUUUGACUUCCUCCACAAUGUGUCAGAAAGGAGUGCAGAGAAUAAGAUGGACAGCAAUAACUUGUCUGUGAUUUUGGCUCCAAACCUCCUCCACUCUGGAGACGGUACUGAGAAAAUGAGCGCCAACACCGAGAAACGCCUCAAACUCCACGCUGCCGUCGUGCACUGCUUCAUCGAGAACGCCCACAGCUUCGGAGUUUUACCUCAGUCUCUCCAAGAGAAGAUUCCAGCCAUGAUGGGCUGCGAGGCGGGCUCCAUGUCUCCCUCUCACAACGAGCUGGAGGAGCUGGAUCUGAACUCUGGGCUGAAGAGGAAGCAGAGACGCAGUUUUGGAGAUGUGGUCAGUGGCGCACUGAAUAAAAUAAAAACUAACAGAACGCCCACAAAGGCCAACCAGGCCGACAGUCUGGUCUUUUCCUCUGCCACUCCUGUGAUUGGGACGCCGGCCUCCAAGCGAAAGCUGCCUUUGGAAUCGGGUCACUCUUUUGGAUUUUCAAACAAGAAGCGUAGAUCUGUCAAAAAGAGCCUGGGGAUAGAUUUACUGCCCAAUAGUUUGUUCAGCGGGAAUUCCACUCCUGGAUCAGCUUUCAGCGCUUCCGGGGUUUUGGAAUCUUCCCAAAACACUCUGCCGUCAGCAGCAAAGUCGAGAAGACACUCGGCUACAUCUGGAAGGAGGAAGAGUCGUCGGCUCAGCGGCAGACAUGCUGUCAGCAGAGUCGAGUCUGGAAAAGCUGGCUGCUUUUCUCCAAAGGUCAACAAGAAAGAGGCGCCGCGCAAGUCUCUGCGCUUGCGUUUUAGCCUGGGGAAGAGCAGCAAGGAGUCUGGAUCGGAGUCCAUUGGCUGGCGACUCGCCACGCAGGACAGCACCACCAGCUUCCGCUUCGCCAAAGAGACGGAGUUCAGUCCAUCAGGUCUGCCCACAAAGACUGAAUCCAAGAGCUCUAAGUACAUGAGUAAGUCUGAGGACAACCUGCUGACGCCCCAGUAUGAGCCGCGUUCCCACCGGACCUCCUGGAGCGGCGAGACCCCGGGAGGAGAGCCGCUUUUCGGCGGAGGCUCUUUCACCGACACCCCCAUGAGCGUGUGCCUGAAGAGCACCUCCAUGUCCGUGCCGGCCAUCGUGGUCUCCAAGCCCCCGGCGGCCGGCGGUCUGCCCGCCAGGCUGUGCUGCGCCUCCAGCGCCGAGAGCCUGGAGAGCGAGCGCUCCAUCGCCGAGCCCCGGACGCAGACCGCUCCGAGCGCCGAGGACGCCGGCGGGAGUGACCUCCAGGCUGUGGUACAGGACUCGAACGGCUCCGCAGAGCCGGAGCCGUCGGACAGCAGCCCGGUCUCGCCACCCGCCGCUCCUUCAGACCAUCGCAGCGAUGCCUCCAGGCUCUCAGCUCAGCACCAGAACAUCACUUUUGGACAGUUUGAGGUUGCAGCUCUGACUCCUCUGCAUAUUGACAGCGUAGUGUUCGAUUUCAGUCCCAGGAAUAAGGACGAUGAAGGUUCUCUCUGUGUGGCUGAGGGCUCCACGGUGGAGCAGAGCGACGGGGAGGCCGAGCCGGUGAACUGCAGCAGGCUGAUCGACGCGCUGGACAUUCAGAGUCCCGCUCGCUUCAAACUGGGGGUCUCCUCCUCCACCCCCUGCAAGUCGAAGCUGCAGCUCGGGACUCCUCCGAAAGCCGGUACUGAAAUCAGGACUGUACUUUCCAAGGAAGCUUUUUCUCCAGCCAAAGUCCAAAUCCAGAGUCCCUACUCGCUGCGCAGCUCGGAGGCUGAAAAGCGGCGAGUGGCGGAUCACAUUCAACACUUCAACAAGCUCACCCUUCACUCCCCCCGGAGCUCCAGGGCGAACGAAGCCAAGUCGCCGCUCAAGUUCCACCGCACCCCCGUGCGGCAGGCCGUCCGCAGGAUCAACUCCCUGCUGGGCUCCAGCUGCAGACCCACGAGACUCGCCGGCCCCCCCAACAGCCAGAGCGCUCAGGUGGCGAAGGCCCUCAGCCUGGAGAGCGGCCUCUCGCCUCGCCCCCCGCAGCAGCAAACGCAGGCCAAGAGCAAGAAGAAGCCGCCUCCAGUCCCUCCCAGGAAGCGCAGCAGCCUGGGCCCAAAAGCCAAGCCCUGCGCUCUGGAAGACGUGACCAACAAGGUCCAACCAAAGACCAGAGCGGAGGCUGCCGACCCCCCGGGAGCCGCCAAGCCUUUAGCUCAGCAGCUGGCAGAAAAGGACAUGAACCAUUACAGAGGUUCUCCCAGAAACCCCCUCAACCAGGUGCGGCUGCUCUCCGCUACCAAACCUGUCAGUUUCUAACACGCCUGCUUCCUUCGAGUCAGCUUAUCAGAGCAGAGGUGAAGAAAAUCCAGACAUCAUGGCACAAAGUCGGCCCAUUCUCUGACCAGCUGGAUCGCUCCGACCUGGAGUCGCUUCGUAACAUUCCUGAGCUCCAAGGCAGCGGGAAAGCAGCAAAUUUUCCGAUUUCUAUGCAGGAGCCCGUCUCGUACAGCCGUUCAGCAUGAAACGGGCCGAGUCCUCGCCGUUUUCAGGGUCUUAAUUUAUUAUCCGGCCGCGUUCGGGCCUCGUUGGGAGAUCUCGAUAUGCCUUACAGUGGUUUCACCGCAGUGAAACGACUUUAUGAGUGAAACGUACGACUGCAUGUUAGGUAGAGUUUAGAUGGUAGAGUGCGGACUAAUUAAUGUAAACUGUGAUUGGUGGGAUGACUGGUAAAGCUGAGUGCUUAUUUAUGCCUUUUCAACUAUUUUUCUAGAUGUAUUGAAAGUAAAAAAAAAAAAGCAAAAAAACAAACUGAAGUUGACUGAAAAGAGAACUAAAGCUGUUUUAUUUUCAUACCUUUUUUGUCAUCACUAAGAAAAAAUAAAGCAUAUUUUGUCGGAUUUUUUUUUUUAAACAAGCCAAACAGUAUUGAUUGAUUUCCAAAAUGUCUC